AUGCAUUUCUCGAUAGGCAGCUUGUUUCUAUGCCUGAUCGCUUCGGCAUCAUGCACAGCAGCGUCUCCUCUAUAUAUUCAGCGUUCCCGAAGAACACCCCUCACCACAAGCACUUGGAAACCGUCAGCAUUCACAGAUCCACCUACCGACAAGGCCACAACACCACAUGUCCUUGAACUUACCAAGAUCAACAACAAGGGCAACGCCCGCAGCGCAGUCGAGCUCAACAGCCAAGUUAGAACUGGGUCUGCAAAUCUAGUCUCCUUCGCUGAAGGAGUCGGGUUCGCAACAUCAAUCACAAUCGGCAACCAGACAUUCGAGGUGGUCAUUGACACAGGUUCCAGCGACUUAUGGGUCGUGCGAGACGGGUUCAUAUGCAUCGACCCUGAGAGCAGGAGGGAGGUCGCACAGUCAGAGUGCGAAUUCGGGCCGGCAUACGCACCUAAUACCACAUUCCACGAAAUCGUCGGCGAGUUCCUGGAUAUUAAGUACGCAGACGGGGAGAUCCUCUCCGGCGUCAUCGGUACCGAGAACGUAACAUUAGCCGGCAUCACGGUCAACCAGACGAUCGGGGUAAUGGAUUACGCGGGUUGGUAUGGCGACGGUGUCACGUCGGGCUUGAUGGGUCUCGCCGCGAACGCCUACACGACGGAUUACAAGCAACCAAGCCUCUACAACCCCAUUUUCGCAACCAUGUACGAGCAGGGCCUCAUCGAUCCCGUCUUCAGCAUGGUAAUGAACCGCAAUGCUUCCAAUGGCACAGCAGCCGGGUACCUGACUCUGGGUGGAUUGCCGCCUAUCGACAUCAACGGAAAUUUCAGUACCACGCCUAUCCUGAUCACGAAUAUCAAGGGUUAUCCGAAGGAUUAUGAUUUUUACACUGUCAAUAUUGAUGGAGUGGCGCUAGGCAACAGGAGCUUGCCAGAGGCUGGCGGCGGCAUUCAGUAUCUUAUCGACUCAGGCACGACGCUCAAUUACUACCCGAACUCCGUGGCGGACGCUAUCAACGCGGCUUUCAUUCCCCCAGCGGUGUACAAUGAUUACGAUGGGGCAUAUGUGGUGGAUUGUAACGCGACAGCGCCAGUUCAUGGUGUCACGAUUGGGGGCUCGACAUUCUACAUCAAUUCAACGGAUAUGAUAUUGCCAGGCGGAACGGAUAAUUCGGGAAACAAAACCUGCAUUAGCGGGGUCAAUGCUGGGGGAGAUGUCGGUCAGGGUAUAUUUGUCCUGGGGGGAACGUUUUUGAGAAAUGUGGUGGCAGUGUUCGAUGUCGGGGCUGCAGAAAUGCGGUUUGCGGCGAGUGCAUAA